AUGUCUAUCUACAUCCACAGAAAAUAUUUCCAGUCAAAGAUAUUCUCUAUCCCUUUUCCUCUUCGGAAACCUCUCUCUCCCUCUCUCUCUCCUAUCAUCAAAUUGUCAAUCAGUGCACCAACAAUGUCGACUUCCAAUCAAGAGAUAGUCCUCAAAAAGCAAAUUGAACUUCUUCAAAAGAAAUACACCGCAUGUGAUAUUGCAGAUGCUCUUGUCAAGCUCAAAGUACCAGGUGCCGGUUUCCUUCCCGACCUCAAACCUGCCUUUACUUCACCAUCUGAAUCUUUCAACAUAAUUACUAUUGCUCCUGUUUCAACUGUUAUUUUUGCCGCAAAAAAUAGCACAGAUCUCUCCAAAUACCCCACCGCAAAUAUUCCCACUGAUAAGCAUUGGGUCGAUCUCACCGUGUCUGACUCGAUCGUGAUUAUCAGUCAACCCGAGGGACAAAAGAAUGCGGUGCUAGGUGGAAUCAUGGCGAUGAGGGCCAAAGUUCUUGGCGCAAAAGGCGUGAUUGUUAGUGGAAGGGUCAGAGAUCUUCAAGAGUUAGAGGCUACCGGAUUACCUGUAUGGUCCCGUGGCACAUCAAUUGUUGGGGCUGGUGCUGAAUCCAAGCCUCACGCUGUUCAAGUGGCGUUGAAAAUUGACGGCACAGACAUUCACCCUGGAGAUUUAGCAUUUUGCGAUCCCGAUAAUGGCGUUGUUAUCAUUCCACAAGAAAAGAUAGCCGAUGUUAUCUCCAUUCUCCCAGAUCUUGUUGCAGCGGAUGAACGUGUAAAAGAAGAAGUCAUGAAAGGAAUGUCGGCCCAAGAAGCAUUCAAGAAGCAUCGAGGAUGA